UCUUAUACAACAAUGGGAACAUUAAGGAAUUCGGCAGAGGAAAGACAAGCUAGAAAAGCAAUUCAAUAUCAUCAAAAACAAGAAAAACAGCAUCGCGAAAGAGGAGAGGGAGAUCAUCAUUAUCAUCGCCAAAAUUUUGAACAUUAUUCGAAUGGUUGGGUUGGUGGUCAUGGUGAUGGGAUUAAUUAUUUAAAUAAAAAGUAUUAUUAA